AUGGAGCUCGUGGUGACGCUGCCGGCGGACGUCUUCCGCUGCCGGAUCUGCUUCGUCACCAAGGCUGCAGGAAGGCUAACUUUUGGUGAGUACAAGGACCACUCGGCCCUUCUCCGCCACUACAGGAGGCUGCACGACCCGGAAACGUUCCCCGUAUUCGAGUGCGCGUUUUGCGGCCGACGCGACCCGCGGCUGAAGACGCUGCGUUUACACCAGCGGCUCUGCAAUGCAGAAUCCGCAUCCCCCGGCGCUGCCAGUCGGGGGAGAGAGAGUAUUGGACACGAUGCCGUGUCUGGCUCUCUGGGGCACCCAGAGAGGUCGGCCGGCGGGAGGUCACAGGCGAGGGCCCCCGAAGCUAGUAGGACAGGCCCUUCGUCCUUAGUUAGUGCUCGGCAAAAGCCACAGGCGAAAGCGGCUCGGGAAGUUAGUACCAUAGGCCGCCUAGCCUUAGAUAAUAGAGAGGGGCUAUGGCCACAGCCCAGUCCGGUCCCCGAAGCUAGUAGGACAGACCGGCUGGACUUAGGACUAACUUACGCGGCGGUCCCGACCCGCAGCAGGGUGGUGGGCUCACAGGCUGCCUUGCCCUCACCCUGUGUGAGUGUGCAGGCGUCUGCGACACCCAGGACGGCGGCGGUUGCUACCCCCACGUCGUGCGUUAUGUGUGUGCGCACGCCGAGGAGGUCUGGCAUCCCCCUGCCGAUACGCUCCGCGACGUCAACCGCGUCGCCACGAGUGCUGAGCGCAAGUUCGGGAGGUGAAGGCAGCACGCUGCCGACGCCUGCCGCCGAACGCGUCGCUCCGGCCAGAGGCGCAGUGUCCGACAAAGGCCGCGGCUCGCCGCUGGCCACACCGGCCAUUGCACCCAGUGGCGUACGCUGGCCACGUCGUGCGGCUGCCGCAGGCGCCUCCCUCCCACCAUCUGUCGGGAGCGUGGGUACUGGCCAGGGACUGCCGCCCGCAUUCGCUACGUCGCCAACAGGUGGCUCUGCGAUGCGGGUCGGGGGUGCAGGCAGGCUGCCUCGCUCGCCGCGGCCGUCGCAGACGUACACGCGCCGCUUUUCCUCUGCCCUGCCGGCGGCUGCGCCGAGUGACGCCAGUCACUCCGCCUCCGCUCAGGCAGGGAGUGCUAUUAAUCAAAAAGCUCCUGUUUCAGACAACGAGUGGCACAUAGUCACCCCACCGAGGGACAGACGCCGUGCUACAGGACGCACAACACCGCCUCCAGACCGACGGCGCAUUAUACCGCCCAGUCCGCGUAACGGCGGCCCGGCGCGAGCCAACGCGUCUGUGCGGCCGGCGGGAGCUACACCUCGUGUAUCUCGCGCCGGCGGCCGGGCGCAGGCGACCGCUGGGCCAUCUGUUGGCGGCGAGGCGAACAACAGCCGCGGUGCGCCGGGCCCGAGCGCCCGGCCGGCGCGAGCUACACCACGUGUUUCUCGCGCCGGCGGCGGGGCGUGGGCGACCGCUGGGCCAUCUGAUGGCAGCGCGGCGAACAACAGCCGCGGUGCGCCGGGCCCGAACGCCAGACCGGCGCGAGCUACACCGGCCCGUGCUGCUACCGCUGCGCCACUUGUCAACGGCGCGGCGACCGAAAGCAGCACUGCGCGGCCGACGCCAGAUGGCAGCACGGCACCACCACCGACGCAGACGACGGAGCAGCGCGACGUGAACGGAGGGACUGCAGCUGCAUCUCCGAGACAUGGCAGCAAGAAGAGGAGAUGCCGACGAGGGCGCAACCGAGGCAGCUCCGCCCCCGCCAACGCUCGGCUAACGGAGAGGCACCGGCGCUGGUUGGCGGCCCUGGACAGCGUCCACGACCAGCAGUGGGACGCAUUCGUCGAGGACUUCAUCUCCGAGAUCGCCGAGACGAAGCCACAACGCCAGGCAGCUGGAGAUCGACUUGGCGAGACGUCGCCGUACUGCUAA